AUGACGUUAACGAAGAUAAAACAUCUGGUGUCUUGUGCAGUAUUAUUUUCAUUAGUGAGUGAAAUUGCUACAAGUCAGUCUUCCAUACUAGAUUCUUUAUUAAAUACAUUGAUUAACUCUUCUGAAGACGCUGCAAGAAUAGGAAAGUUGAAUUUAACUGAAUUGGUGACGAAAUUUUCUUUACUAAACGAGAACUUAUCAGAAGAUGGGAAACGUAACUUCACGGAGUUAGCACAUGUAUAUGGUCACCAUUGUGAAGAAUACGAUGUUACGACAGAAGAUGGGUAUAUCCUUAAAUUGUUUCACAUUCCCGGGAAAGGCAGACCUUAUUUACUGAUACAUGGUGUCGUUACCAAUGCUGACUGUUUUGCACUUAGAAAAAAUAACUCACUAGCUUUUACUUUAGCUGACAAAGGACACGACGUUUGGAUUGGUAAUACUAGAGGAAACGAUUAUUCUUUAGGUCAUGUCAAAUAUGAUGCAUUUGCAGAUGAAGAAUAUUGGGACUUUAGCCUACAUGAAAAUGGUUACUAUGAUUAUCCUGCAAUCAUAGAUUUUGUAUUAAAAGAAAGAUGCCAAGAGAAAAUAACACUUAUAGGACACUCACAAGGCACAAUAAACGGAUUUGUUUUAGGAUCAAUGAAACCUGAAUACAAUGAAAAAAUUAAUAUUUUUAUAGCAUUAGCACCUAUAGCAGUGUUCAAACCAAAAGAUAUACUGAAGCCUUUUUUAAAAGUAGUACCAGCUGAUAUUCUAUAUUCUCUGUUGAGAGAGUUAGAUGUGAUACAAAUGAUUACACACAAACUAAAUAGAAAAUUUAUAGAGAUACUGUGCACUCAAGAUGUUGGAAGUUAUGAAAUAUGCUGGGAAAUUGUAAUAUUUGCAAUGAUCGGCAACGAUGCUGAGUCAUUUGAACCAGAAUUUUCACAUGUUCUUUUUGGGCAUGUUCCUCAAAAAUCGUCUAAUAAAAACUGGUGUCAUAUAGCACAACUCAAUAAGAGGAAUAAAUUUGCUCAGUUCGAUUAUGGCACUGUGAAGAAUCUAAAAAUGUAUGGGUGUACCACACCACCAGAAUAUGAUCUCAGUAAAGUUACAAUGAAAGUGGCUUUAUUUGUCGGUCUUAAUGAUUAUGUAGCUUCAAUAGAAGGUGCAGAUAUACUAAAUGAUCAGCUACCAAAUGUAGUUGAAUACAAAAUACUGCCCAGGAAGGAGUUCAAUCAUUUCGAUUAUAUUUUAGGAAACCGGGUGCAGGAAAAUUUUUAUCCUUAUUUAUUUGAUGUAUUAGAUAAACAUCCGUAA